CAAGAAACGAUGAGAAAGCUCUCGAGCAAGCUCUCGAGCCUCGAGCGUGGGCAAAAAUCAAAACAAACAACAAACAACACAAGAACAACUUUGCCGGUGAAUCGGUCAGAAAAAUAUUUGAUCAACUCUGACAGAUUUUUGACGUUUUACUUCCUUGCUGAUCAAGAUACAUAAAUUCUACAAGUUGCAACUAUGUCGGUGACACUUCACACGGACGUUGGAGACAUGAAAAUAGAACUGCAGUGCGAAAAGUGUCCCAAAACAUGUGAGAAUUUCCUGGCUCUUUGUGCCAGUGAUUAUUACAUUGGCAGCACAUUCCACCGUAACAUCAAAGGCUUCAUCGUCCAGACGGGAGAUCCGGAAAACACCGGCAAAGGGGGACAGUCCAUUUGGGGCCGCAAGUUCGAGGACGAGUUCAGCGACGAUCUGAAGCACGACGCCAGAGGAACAGUUUCGAUGGCCAACAGUGGUCCAGACACAAACGCCAGUCAGUUCUUCAUUGCGUAUGCACCACAUCAAAGUCUCGAUCUCAAAUACACAAUUUUCGGAAAGGUAAUCGACGGACUCGAAGCGUUGGACGAGUUGGAGAAAAUGGCUGUCAAUCCAAAAACGUACCGACCUCUGACUGACACCAGAGUCAACAAAAUCACAAUUCAUGCAAAUCCUUUGGCUGGUUAGACAUCAUCAAAUGUAUGUACAAGUUCAGUAAAAUAAAUUAUUUUAAAUAAUAAAAUUGCCGUUAAAAUUA